AAAGCGGGACCCGAGGACAGGCCAAGACGUCAGCCCGGGGCCAGAUGGGACUCACUGCCAGCCAGAGACGAACCGGGUGCCCAGGGCAGCGAUACUCUCUGAUGUAGGCUGUUCCCGGCGGCCUCCCGCGCCAAGGCGGCAGGUGACGGAAAUCUCGUCGCUUCUACUCGGGGUCCUAAGGGCGCGGCGGGGCGGGGAAGCGGCAUUCGAGGCCUCGCUGCUCGCAGGGACGGAGGUUGGGCAAGCGGGAGGCCCGGAGGCGCCCGCCCACCGCCCGGAGAGGCCCAGCGCGUCCCGAACCAGCGGCGCCCCGGUCCCACCCUGUCCCCCGCGCUCCUCUCCCCGCGGCGACCAGGUGCUUGUGGAGCCCACAUUCCCUGGCCUACAGCAGUGCAGCUGGAGAAGGACUCCUGGAAGCUGUAGGAUUUCAACUGAAUCCUGAGUAAAUAGGGUUUAGUUUCUCCUCAAAGACAGCCUCUCCAGAGCUCACCAUGUGUGGGGGACUGAUCGAGAAGUAUGUGGCUGCCAUGGUGCUGAGUGCAGCGGGAGAUGCCCUGGGGUACUGCAAUGGGAAGUGGGAGUUCCUCCGGGAUGGCGAGAAGAUUCACAGGCAGUUAGCCCAGCUCGGCGGCCUGGACGCCAUAGAUGUGGCGAGGUGGAGGGUCAGCGAUGACACCGUGAUGCACCUGGCCACAGCCAAAGCCCUCGUGAAAGCUGGGAAAGUUGGGGACUUGUCUCGACUCUAUUCCCUCCUUGCUAAGCAUUAUCAAGACUGCAUGGAAGACAUGGAUGGCAGAGCACCAGGUGGUACGUCAAUGGACAAUGCUAUGAAGCUGGAGCCAGACAAGGCCAACGGCUGGAGGAUUCCCUUCCACAAACGUGGGGGUGGCUGUGGAGCUGCCAUGAGGGCCAUGUGCAUUGGUCUCAGGUUCCCUCACCAAAGCCAGCUGGACAUGCUGAUCAAAGUGAGCAUUGAGAGCGGCCGAAUGACCCACCACCACCCCACAGGCUACCUGGGGGCCCUUGUGUCUGCUCUUUUUGCAGCCUAUGCUGUGAAUGGCAAACCACCCAGGCAAUGGGGAAAAGGACUGAUGGAGGUGCUGCCAGAAGCUAAAAAGUACAUUGUCCAAUCAGGCUACUUUGUGGAGGAGAAUCUUCAACACUGGUCCUACUUCCAAGACAAAUGGGAGAAGUAUCUAAAACUUAGAGGGAUUUUGGAUGGCAAAUCAGCCCCUACCUUCCCUAAGCCCUUUGACGUGAAGGAGAGAGAUGAGUUCUACAUCUCUGUGAGCUACUCUGGCUGGGGUGGCAGCAGUGGGCAUGAUGCCCCAAUGAUUGCUUAUGAUGCCAUCCUUGCUGCAGGGGACUCCUGGAAGGAGCUUGCCCACCGAGCAUUUUUCCACGGUGGAGACAGCGAUUCCACAGCUGCCAUUGCUGGCUGCUGGUGGGGAGUUAUGUACGGUUUUGAAGGAGUGAGUCCCUCCAACUAUGAGAAACUAGAAUAUAGAAACCGCUUGGAAGAGACAGCUAGGGCUUUAUAUUCUCUUGGGUCAAAGGAAGAUACUGUAACUACCCUUUAGGGAAAUACAAUAUUCAUCUCUGGUGCUUUCUUCUUUCUUGAAGGAACUGUAAUCCCUUUUCUACUCUGUUUCUUUUCACUUUUUCCAAAGUCAAGAGUCUUAACCUUGUAACCUUAAGCUUGGUAUUUCCCAAUUCAUCCUGUUCCUCCCAAAUUUAUUCCUUUUCCUAUACUAAGUCUUUAUCUCAGCUGAUGGGUUCAGUGUCUUCCAAGCUAGAAAUCUCACAGCCUUGUGUUUGAGAUUUGAUUUUCAUCAUCUAAUCUUUCACUAAGUUUUUUCCUGUUUGUCUUAGUCUUGGUCCUCCCCCCUGCCCCCAAAUUGGAUGUUGAGACAAGGAUUUUAGUAGAAGUGGUUUAUUUGGGAGGGUUCCCAGGAAGCACUGGUAGUGGAAUAAGGAAGUGAGACAGGGAAGGGCAGGCAGCCAGGACAGGAUGCAUUAUCACUUUAGGCAUUUGGGACUUAGUCCACCUAGGUCCUUUGCAUGAGGUGUGUGUCAGAGUUGACCCACUGAAGGCAAGUAAAUCUUGAAUAUUUAUCCACCACCUCCCAUCUGACAUAGGGUCAUGGGAUGCUCGCAGGGAUGCCAACCCCCUGGUACUUCUUGGCUGGCUGAUUAUGCAAGCCAAACAUGAAAUCAGAAGUACCCACAGUAGCAAGCGCUAAGGUUCAUGGGAACAGUGAGAGGUAUGAGUGGAACCCCAACAGUAUCUGCUAGAUUCUUCUACCUCCUACAUGUCCUUUCAAUCUGUCAUGUCUUUUACUUCUUUCAAGGAGGAUUAGCUGAAUUUCUGCACUCAAAGCAACUCAAGUUUAGGAAGAUGCUGCUCCUACCUAUUCUGUACUUUCAUAGUUACAGCACUUGUCACGUUACUGGUUUUAUUAUUGCCCAUUUGUCUAUAUUCUCCACUAGGUAGAACCUAACAAGUGCCUGGGCACACAGUAGACACUUAAUCAGUAUGUAUUAAAUGAAUGUUGUUAAUUAGCCUCCUCUGUGGGGUCUCUAACUUCAGACUUGCAGAUUGAUCAUGCUGAACUUAUUUUCCAAUGAACACAGCAUCACCUUUCUUGAUUUGCUUGGAUGCUUGUCCCUCUCCUUUUCUGCCUGGUGUAUUCUUACUCAUCCUUCAAAACCCAGUUCAAAGAGAACCUACUGAAUGAAAUCUGCUCUGACUGUGCAGGUACUUGCUCUGUUUGUACAGAGACCUGAUUGUGGAGGCUUUUGCCUCACCUCUCCCACGGCCUCCUGUCCCUAGCCCUGUCACCAUUCUGAUCCUGUUAUGCAGUGGUUUUGUGUCUUGGGGUCAAUCUCAGGCUCCUUGUGAGGGAUUGUGUCUCAUUCCUCCUUGUGUCCUCACUGCCUGGCCCAUGGGAUACACCCAAUAAAUAUUGACACUGUGAAUUCAUCAAGUUGUGUUGACAUUGAAUGCUCCCAGCCUCCAUACGGCUUCUUCCUACAUGAUUGGCACAGAGACCUGGCCAAGAUGCAAAGCUCUAGAGCUUAAUGCUUUAACGAUACCUAUGCUAGCUUAUCUGAGAUGAAGGCUCAACUCUGUAUUUGAAGAAGGACUCGAACAAAGACACAGGCUGUUUAAUUCUUUUAUACAUAAAGCAAAUGGAAAAUUUCAAAGCUCUGUCUUUGGCUAAAGAGCUCUCAAAUGUAUUUGUCGUUUGAAAUAUUACAAUUAGGACAACAAAUUCUUAAGUAGGAUAGCCAAUCGGAAUUGCAGGCUUUGAGGGUGAUGGGUUACAAUUCUCAGAACAUAGUAAUGAUCUCUUAAAUUCAAGUGCCUUAAAAGACUCCUUUGUAUAAAUACUUUUGAGCACAGUUUUAGAAUAAAGAAAACAGGUAAAGAGUGUAUGUUUUUACAUAAGAUUCCUGGGCAGAAGAUUAAGAUGGAAAAUUUCAUGAUUAUUUUUAAUUCUCAGUUUGAUCAGAAUUGACUUUAUAAUGCAGAAUAGUGUUUGCUUUUCUGCAGCUGUGGGAGAAGAGGGAACAUUUUCUUCUCAGCUUUCUGAGAUUUCAUUCAUCAGUAGUUAGGAUAAUCUACAGUUUCAAGGCUGAGCACUAGAAUUCUAUCAGUAUUGAUCAGUAUGGAAAAGAACAGAUGAAUAUUUUAACAAAUGGAAUCUGACAGAUAAACUGUUUUGCUUUUAUGUAACUGGUUUGGUAAAUGGUCUGAAUGUAGUGAGAAGCGAUCGUGAAGUGAUUUUAUUUUUCUCCAACUAUUGCCUUCAUAAUACUCUAUUGAAGCUUCUUUUCCUGAACUUUAACAUCAUCUUGGGGAGUUCCCAUAGUUUUCUGGUUUUAGAAUUCCAAUUUAGUCCAUCCCAAUUCCCUUUGGUCAAUUUUACAACUUUCAUGUCUGAUGGAUAUGGAACGACUGUAACUAAAAUUAAUAAAUUGUUUUUCAAAUUGAAAGAAAUAUCUUUAAUGUCAUACCUCCUUUCUCCCUACCACCAGUGUGCCAGUUUGUAUAUAUUAUGUCCCCCAGAAAAAGCCAUAUUCUUUAAUGCAAUCUUGUGGGGACAGACAUAUUAGUGUGGAUUGGGUUGGAACCUAUUGGUUCAGUGUCCAUGGAGAUGUG